CGCGUGUUGCAAAUAGCUUUCUCUUGCUCAAUCCUUGGUUUUCGAAAAGAGCAGGCAACGUUUUCUGAACCAUUCUUUCAGUCAGUGAUCGCUUCGCUGCGUUUGUCAUUUAAACUUCUAUACACCCCGGAUUGGGCUAAAGAUCGCCUCCUGCGCGCUUUGGCCAGUGGCGACUUCCAAUAAAACGGUCUUCAUCUAUGCUUCGGCCAUCCUACUCAUCCCCGUCCCACUAUAUAGCAACCCGCAGCCACUUACCAUUCUUUUGUACUAAACUCCUCAUUUUCAUUCAAGUUCAUGGAACAUACUUCAGCUUCGACCACCACUCCCUUUCAAGCUCCACCCAUUCGUCGCGACAUGAGUUAUAGAAAGCCAGUUCCGGAGUACAUUCCUUCACCACCUUCUUCACCUACAGUUGCCACUCCAGAUCGCCUUUGGGAGAAAGGGGAUGCCACAAUUGAGCAGCCUAAAAUCAGAGCGUUACCACCCUUACCCGGAGGCUGGCAGGAUGUCUUGCGGCAAGCAGCCAUAGCACAGGAACGACAAAUUGAUACAGUGCAAGUUGUUCCAUCGAACGACGCCACAUCGUUCUCGAGGCGUCCGUCAUUUCUCCAGUCGACACCCCCCAUGCUACAAGAAGGUCGGGAAAGUUACCCCUCUAUACCUACAAGCCCGACUGGAACUAGACGUCGUCUGCCUCAGAUCUACCGGCCUCCCACUCCCCCGAUAAAUUCCGUUACCAAAAAGCGAAAGUUUCCUGAAGAUUCUAGUGUUGAUAACCACGAAUUCCUAACUGUACCUCGGCCGAUUAACCUUAUCAGAAACGUUGAAAGUUCUGGAUUGUAUCCACCUCUCAGUCGUACCGCCACCACUGCUGCGGGGUCUUCCAGGAAUUCGUUUCACCCUUUAUCUACUCAAGCCUCCUUCAGGACUGAUAAAACUACUGUCUCCGACGUUAUCACUGGCAGUGCAAGGACGAAUAACACGUCGCACACUGACGGGCGUCGUGAAGAUGAUUUACAUGACCUUCCCGUGCUACCGAUGUAUAUUGUAAGGCCUCCUGCCCGCAGGCGUGGCUCAGGCCUCACGGGUUCCACCAAAAUCGGUUCGAUAAGGAGUAAGGUAACUUGGCCCCGGUCGUGUCGGUCUGUGUUCCGGAACGUUGGUUGCGUACUUCGAGAUGCUUUCUGUUGCUGUUUCUCCUGAUCUUUUUGAACUGCCAUUCACAAACUGGUUGCAAUCACUAAAUUUACUUUAUUAGGCAUAUGGACACUUACGAUCAUGGACAGGUUCUGUUGUAUCUAUAUUGAAGUAUGGUGUAUCAUGGUACUUUAUCGUUUCUUAAGAACAGCUGGAACUGUUUCUUUCAUUUACGUGAUGCAACAAAACAUACCUACAGUUGACCUACAGGCUGGUUCAUUCCGAGAAGGUCACACUACUCUUUUGUACUAACAAUUUUGUCACAUCUAUCUACGU